UGCCGUGCCCUGCGCUGAGGAUGGCACGGAGUCAGCGGGAAGGACUGGGACUGUCCCGCUCUCCCUCUUCAUCACACUCCCCACUUCCUCGCUGUGUCCUGCGCCUCACUGGAGCGUGUCAGACAGCUGGGAUGGACAUCCCCUCCUGCACCCUCGUGGCUCCACACCAUUUUCCAGGACACAGCUGAAAGGACCAAAAUCUUUUUCUUAGUCCAAACUUCUCUUCCUGGUGGAGAAGCGCUCCCAUCAGUCCCAUCUCCCCUCACACAGACUUUUCCUUUGGAAUGAACCUCUUCCUCCUCCCUGUUGCUCUUUGCUCCGUGUAACUCUGCCUCUAGUAAAGACUUUGCAUCAAACUCUCUCCCAGCCUUUCUUUGUGCCUCCUUCCUCUGGUCUGGGGGGUGCUGGGAGGGUUGGGGGGCGUUUCCCACCUCAAGCAGUUUAGCUGGAAGAGAGGUGUGGCGGGCAGGCAGCCAAAGGGAAGGACAGACAGUCAAAGGGCAGAGCAGGAAGGUGGCAGCCACCCUGUUAGCUGGGAAGAGAGAAGCUGUGGUUGAUAACCGCAGUGCAAUCAUCCCGCACUGCACCCGUGGGAGCAUGGAGACUGCAACUGUCCUCCCGCAGCUUCCUGAGAGCGAGGCCAAGAGAGCCCCCGAGGGUGAUGGUGGGAACGGGACUGUGGAUGGUGACGCCGCGAGCAGGAACCCCUUUGCAGGGCUGGUGAGCCACCUGCGGGCAUCCUGGCUCUCGGGGAAGACACGGCCCAUGGAAUACCGUGUGGCUCAGCUGGAGGCUCUGGGACGCUUCUUGGAUGAAAAGAAGCAGGAGAUCCUGGAUGCCACUGCCUCUGACUUGGGCAAGGCACCCUUUGAAACCGAAUUGUCUGAGAUCUUCCUGUGCAAGAACGAGCUCCAUGAGACCCUGAACAACCUGUCCCACUGGAUGAAGGACGAGAAGGUGGACAGGACUCUGGCGAUGCAGCUGGACUCUGCCUUCAUCCGCAAGGACCCCUACGGAGUGGUGCUCAUCAUAGCGCCCUGGAACUACCCCAUCCAACUCUUCCUGGUGCCCCUCAUCGGGGCCAUCGCUGCCGGGAACUGUGCCAUCAUCAAACCCUCUGAGGUGUCCAAGAAGACAGAAAGACUCGUGGCAGAGGCGCUGCCCAGCUACCUGGACAAGGACUGCUUUGCUGUGGUGACCGGUGGUGUGCCAGAGACCACCAGGCUGCUGGAGAACAAGUUUGACUACAUCUUCUUCACUGGCAGCCCCCCGGUGGGGCGGAUCGUGAUGACCGCCGCUGCCAAGCACCUGACACCGGUGACACUGGAGCUGGGGGGCAAGAACCCCUGCUACGUGUCUGACACCUGCGAUGUGACCAACGUGGCGCGGCGCGUGGCCUGGGGCCGCUUCUUCAACGCGGGGCAGACCUGCAUCGCGCCCGACUACCUGCUCUGCACCUUAGAGAUGCAGGAGAAGCUGCUCCCGGCCCUGCAAAAGGCCAUCAAUGAUUUCUAUGGCCCCAACCCCCGAGAAUCCCCGGAUUUCGGCCGCAUUGUGAGCGACAAGCAGUUCCAGCGCCUGCGGGCGCUGCUGGGCAGCGGGCGCGUGGCCAUCGGGGGACAGACGGAUGAGGCCGAGCGCUACAUCGCUCCCACGGUGCUGGUGGAUGUGCAGCCCUCAGAUCCCAUCAUGCAGGAGGAGAUCUUCGGGCCCAUCCUGCCCAUCGUCAUCAUCGCCAACGUGGAUGAAGCCAUUGACUUCAUCAACGCCCGGGAGCGGCCCUUGGCUGUCUAUGCCUUCUCCUCGGAUGACAAGGUGGUGAACCGGGUCCUGAAGCGGACGAGCAGCGGUGGCUUCUGUGGCAACGACACCCUGAUGCAUGUGACACUGCCCUCACUGCCCUUCGGAGGCAUUGGGAACAGCGGCCUGGGAACGCACCACGGGAAGUUCAGCUUUGACACCUUCUCCCACUCCCGAGGGUGCCUGAAGCGCGGGAUGGGCCGCGAGUCCCUCAAUGCCCCGCGCUACCCCCCGUACAGCCAGAAGAAAUUUGGGGUCAUCCGGGCCACUUCCAAGGUGACGCGUAAGACUGACUGCACCCUGCUCUGACGGCCCCCACAUCCCACUCGCAGUCUGCCCACUCCGGACAUCUCUUGCUGCUGGUCCCGGUGCCCAGGUGCAAUGAAGAGUGUUUCUCAACAUCCUGUGUGCUUCCCUUUCACUCCCCUGCACCCCUGCUCACCCCAAAAGUCCCUUGUUCCCCACAUCUCUCUCUAUUGCAAUCCCAUAUCCCUCUUUUCUGGGUGUUUGGGGCUUUAUUUCCACUGGUACCAUCAGAGCAGAGGAGUCUCCCGUGCCCCUCCUUGCAUACUCUGCUUUGAUAAGGUCCACAACAACUCCCUGAUUCCAAGUCCUUGAGCUGGGAUGAUCCUGGUUUCUCCUGCUUUAUGAUCCCAGUCUCCUUUGCCCCAUCAUAUCAGCGUCCUUUGCCCCGUGUUGUGAGAUACAAAGCUGUGUUUCGUGUCAGGUACACACAGGCAGCGUGUGUGCUUG